AUGAGCGAUUAUUUGCAACCAAAAGCGUCAAUUCUAGCAGAGCGCUAUAAGUUUCGCCAACGUGGGCAGAGUGAAAAUGAAACAGUAUCUCAGUUUGUAACGGAUUUAAAACGUUUGGCAAAAUCGUGCGAAUUCAAAGACACUUCGGAAGAAAAUAUGAGAGAUCAAUUUGUGUGCGGUCUACGCAGUGAUAUAAUGCGUCAACAACUUUUUGCUGAGGAUUCUUUAACUUGGACGGGCGCAGUGAAAUUAGCUACGUCAAUGGAAGCAGCCCAGCGUGACUCAUCAGUGGUAGAUUGCACGGGCCGCGGCGCGAGCACCUCUGGUAUCGCCAUUGCGAACGAAAAUUUAACAAGGGUAGUAAAACAGGAGCGACAAAGGAUGAGCACGGCAGACUAUCAAGUGACCGAAGUGAAUAAGGUGCAAAUGAGUCCCUGUACAACGUGUGGCAGUUCCCGCCAUAUUUGGCGUCAAUGUCCGUAUCAUAACUACAAAUGUGAUAUUUGUGGCAAAAUUGGACAUUUAAAACGGGUGUGCUCGCUCGGUGAGAGACAUCAAAAUAAAAGUACUAACAGGCGCGUGUGGACCUCGAGUACGGGAUCAACUGGUAUUAGCGGUUCAGCGCACGGCAGAGGCACUGGCUCCGGCGCGCGGCACUGGCAAGGCUCCGUGCGUCAUGAGCGCGCCCACCACGUAGCUGAGGGGGAGGAGGACCCCUCCGCACCGGCAUCGGCCAGCGAGGGCGAAGAAAACGAGCAUCCAAUGUUCCAAAUGUCUUUGAGGGACUACAAACCGGUUAGCAUUCCUAUUAGUGUUGACAAUGUAUUAUUAAUGGAGAUUGGCACAGGCUCAGCAUUAUCUUGUAUAAGUUAUAAUUUGUAUAUAGAAAAAUUUAUACAUUUGGCAUUGUUACCCUGUAAAUUAACACUUUCAUUAUAUCUGCUAGCUCAGCCAGGUUAUAUAGAGACCCCAGUACAAUACAACGGUAAAUGUAAAGUACUUGAUUUGUAUGUAAUAGAAAAUGGGACAACCAUAUUGUUGGGAAGGCAAUAG